AUGCAUAGAAUACAACAAAAUAAACCAACAACAACAAUUAUCGACAAUAUUUCAUUAAAAUCUAAUCAAACAACUCAAAGUAAUAAUCAACUAAAUAAUUCUUCCUCUCCUUCAAUACCAAAAAGAAGAACAUCUGGAAGUACUGGGGGAAUACAAAAAAGAAGAAAAAAAGAAAAUAUUUUGAAUGUUCCAGAACCUCCCCCAAGACAUUCUUCGGGCGAUUUGGUGGCAAUUAAAGAAAAAGAAAUAAAUAAAAAUGCUCAACUUUUAUUACAUUCAUUUGGACGUCCUUUAAAUUCAGAAGAAUUAAAUAAUAAAAUUUUAGAAGAAGAAGAACAAAAUAAUAAUUUACAAAUUAAAAAUAAAAAACAAAAAAAUAUCAAUUGUGAUUCUCCUACAAAUAUUGUUGGAACAUCUACUUCUGAUUAUCUUACAAUGAAACCUGUACAUAGAGCUAAACCUUUUAAAUUAGGAAAUGAAAUAGAAAAAGGUUUUGAAAAAAUAAAUGAACAUUUAUUUUAA